AUGCUGGUGUUUACUAUUAAUGUUGAUGGGACAUAUAAACUAGGUCUAGUUAUCAAAGAACGUGCACAACAACUGGGUUGCGACUACAAGGAAACAUUCCCCCCAGUCACCCAAUCCGCAUCAAUAUGCCUUGUUGUUGGCAUUGCUCUGCAAACCAGUCUAACAAUCUACGCCGCCAAUUUCACAGUGGCAUUCCUCAACGGGGAGCUGAAGGAGGAGAUCUGUAUGGAGCAGCUUGAGGGAUGGAGUGCCCUGCCCAAGGAUCAAAAAUCUUACCUCAAAGUUGUUCAGACACUCUAUGGUCUGGGACAGGCCGGUUGUCUAUGGUACAAAUGCCUCUCCACAGCUCUUGCCGACCUAGAAUUUGUUUGCUUCAACUCGGACAACUGCGUUUUCAUGCCCAGAAGAAAGGAUACUGGGCUAAUCCUGAUUGCUGUCCAUGUCAACAACUUGACCGGUGCAACUUCAAACGAUUCUGUGUGGAGCCAGUUCUGCGAUGAGCUCAACGCUAAGCACGAACUAAAGAACCUAGGCCGUGCAAAGGAACUAUUAGGACUGGAAAUCACACAAGACUCUCAGACUGGCACGGCUUCGAUAACACAGACCCGAUAUAUUGAAGAACUAGCCAAACAGUACAACGUGUCCCAUCUUCCUCCCCUAUCACUCCCACUCCUUCCCCGACAGAAGUUUUCAAAGGUACAGUGCCCGACAUUGGAGGAGGAAAAAGUCAAGAUGAAGGGCGUUCCUUACUUAGCCUUGGUAGCACGGUGA